GGAGUGGGAAUGGGGCUGGGUGAGGAGGUAGGCCGAGAGUAGGGAGCCCAUCACUCUAAUGGUGGCCUCAAAGACUUGAACGGUGGUACAUCUAUCGAACGUGACGUGAUCCACCACCAGCUGAGCAGCUCUCCUGAACUCAGACGUGUUGCCCAUAAUGACCAGAGUGUCCAGAGAGUCCACGAGGGUCAGGGAAUAGUCUCCCAGUGCAUCGUUCACAUUCGUAUUGGACGAGAUCUUCCCAGUCAUGUCCUCUGCCCCUGCAACGAAUAGGGUUCAACUCGUCUUCUGGGAAGGCGUGUUUCAUAUAGUUAUCAUAUCCCCAGUAAAACAUCUUGCGCGCUUCCUCUCUCAUCGCCAGUCGCUCCUCUUCUGAAAAUGGGCGGUGCAUCAGCGAGGAGAGGGGGACCCUGUUCGUUACAUUUUCCAGCCCCCCGUGGCCCCCCGAGCGUCUCCCGUCGGGGAACAGGAGGAAGAUUUGAGGUAAGAGGGACCAGAGGAAGUGUGCCGCGGCUGCCAUGACCCACACUCUCUUCACCAGCUGCCACCAGGGAGCGGCUACUGCCACAGGCCGUCCAGCUCCCUGCAUCAACUGUACAGUACAUACAGCGAAACGUUUUCUGAUGCGAGCUGAAGACGAAACGUAAGCUCUGGAUCGAUCCUCCCUGGCUGACGACAGAAAAACGCACACUCAGCAGAUACAGAGGGCAAAGGUCAGCUUGCUGCUUUUGCUGACUUCCGUGUGUGCGUUUGUCUGUCUGUUCUCAGUCGCUUGGCAAGACAACACAAGUCUCCCGUAGCUCUGCAGGGGGAGAUUCCGAAGUGGUCUAGACUGCAGGCAAGAUGGCUUCGCGAGGUCAGAAACUGGAUCUACAGGAUUGCCUUCUCGACACACCUAAGGUCCACAGCCAGGUGGCUCAUUUUGAAGCUGGUCUUGUGCCAUUCAGGGAGUAUGUCACUCUCCUUAGAGACACUUUCCAGGCCUGCCACCUUCACCAGGAGAAAGUUGGGGAAGGUGCGAGAGCCAUAUCAAACCUCCUGGUUAACAUUGACUCCGAGUUGGGUGAAAGAGCUGGCUCCACCUCCUCCAGUGUCUUCUCACAGCUCUCCAGAUAUCAGACUGAGCUGUACUCGUGUCAGGAGAUGUUCAACAGUCAACUCCAGAACUCCGUGGUUCACAGAAUGUCUGCUCUACUGGAAGAAGACAUUGACCAUCUUCUGGCUCUCAAAGACACAUACGACAACAGCAGACAAGAACAUGAACAUGCAAUGGCAAAGUUCAGCAGGACCUCCAAACGCAGGGAUUCUGAUAAGGCUCGGUUUGAGGCCAAUGCUGAGCUCUAUGCGGCCAGAAAGAAGUUUUACCAGUGCACUCUGGACUACAUAUCUCAACUGAAGGAGUUUCAAAUGAGAAGGAGGUUCAUGCUACUGGAACCUGUCCUCACUUUCAUGCAUGCUCAGAUGGGGUAUUUCAAGGCGUGUCAGGAGAUAAUGAACUCUGGGUUCCAACAACUCCUCACCAACCUCAAUGGAGAUAUUCAGAGCUACCACAGUGAGCAUGAGAAUGAGGUGAGAGAGUUACAGCAACAGAAGACAGAGUUGGAGCUACAAUUCCCUACUCUCUGUGUACCUGACCCUGACCUUUCCGAUCCAUUCACUGAGUUUCCUACUCCAAACACCGGCCUCUCUUCCAGAUAUGGCUACCUCUACCUCAGAGUUCAGAAGGGAGGGCUGGCUGCAAAAUGGGAGAGAACUUUCUUCUUUACCAAAAAUGGCUACCUCUACACGCAGUCUCUGCAAAAGAAUGCAGAAGCACUUCUGCAACUGAAAGAAGCCGAUGCAUUUGCCAGUGACUGUGACGACAAACGUUACGUGAUGCAAAUAUCUCAUCCCGCCCUCAAAAAGCCGGUAUUUUUGCAAGCUGAAAGUGACACACAGCGAACUGAGUGGAUAUCGGUGAUCAGGAAUAACUCCGUAAGGAAAUCACAGCACGGAGAGAGUCUGGGGAAUCAGACUCACGACGGAGCUCGGCUGAGGACCAGACUCUAUGACUCGCUGGAGAGGGAAAGGAUCAGAUCGUGGGCAUCAAAGGAGCUGAAUCAAGAGCCAGGGUCGAGCAGAGCGGCCCCCUCUCUCCCUCCCUCCUCCGUCAAACCGUCUUCCUUGGGUGGGGGACUCAAGGGAGCCACACCUCCUCAGAGACGCCCCAAAUCCCCACUCAGGAGCCAGAAGACGGCGACGUCGUCCCAACAAACCAACCCUGAGACCAACUCCCGCGCCACCAAGUCCCCGCAGCGCAGCUUCAGUCUCCUCGGUCUCGGUAGCGGGAACAGUGGGGAGAAGAAGUCCCCCUCCCCGCGCCCUCCCUCCCUCUCCUCCUCCAAGAUGGCCGAGGUUCAGAACUGGGUUCACUCCACCAACGCUGCCACUGCAAUGGCCCAGUCUUUGAACCACUCACCCCCCAGUGGUGAGUUGGUGGUCAAGUUUCCAGUGAAGUACUUGGGCCAGAAGGAGGUCGUAGAACCAAAAAACCCGUCCACCAUUAGUGGCACCAUUCGAGGUGUGAUUACGGCUCGAGCUGUCAAGAAAGUGAAGCCAGCCACUUCCAUUGAGCUGGCCAUUCAACUCAAGAAAAUCACGUUGAUAGAGACUCAGUCUAAUAAAGCCAUUGGAAAGUUUCUGCUGAAGGACAUUAUCAACUGUGCCGUACACCCAGAGGAUGAGAAGUUGUUUGGCGUUGUCUGUCGUGUGGUUGAGCCUGAAAGGGUUAAAUACGUCUGUCAUGUGAUGCAGGCCGACCAAUCAGGAUCCAAGGUGGCUGGAGCUAUCAGUGAGGCCAUCCAGAAACUAUGGAGAAUGAUGCAGGGCAGAGAAGGUGGUGGCCAGAGAAGUGGCACUGACAAGAAACAGAUCCCGCCAGCACGCCCCCCUCCCCCAGUGGCCCCCUACACCGGGUCCUUCCUUACCUCGUACACCCCUGCACCAUCUGCCCUCUCCUCCUCCUCCCACCAUCACAGAACACACACCUCACCAGGGGCCCUGUCUUCCACACUAGCCACGCCGGCAUUCCCAACUCAGCAUCGCUCCUCCAGUGACUCAAACCUCUCUGACAUGGCCCCGCCUCCUCAACCGGGAAGUGGGAGUGGCCCUGGAGAGGAAGUGGGCGUGGUAGGAAGUUGGGCGAUGGGCACGAUAUCGCUGCUGCCUCCAAGUCUUCCCGACAGCAGCUCCACAUCCGCAGAGUCCCUGAAUCUCGGGCGACACGAGGGAGACAGUCAGCAGCCUCCUUUUAUUACUGAAGAUUCUCCGCUGAUGUUUGCUGACAUUCUAGAAGAAAACGAGGACCUCCCUCUUAUUUCAUUCGACCAUAGCGUACUGGGUGGGUUUGGGACCCCCGCACCUGACCCAUCACCCCUCCCUGAUGGCUAUGUCACAGAUGGAGGAGGCGGGGGAGGCGGAGGGAACACUGAUUUUGGCAGCUCGUCGACUGCCACCAUGCAGGUCCCCACAGAGACAACCACCACUGUCGUACUGAGCGAAGGAGGAGGGGGUAGUGGUUACGUGUCCACCCCGCCGCACCCUUCCUCCACGUCUCCUUCUCCCACACCUCCCACUGUCACAUCCUCACAGCUCUCACUCCCUCCCCGGCAUCCCUAUUCCAGACCCUCCCAUUCUCCUUCCCCUCCUGCUCCCACACUCCCUCUCACAACCACUGCAACUGUGACCAGCGUGCUGAAUAACACUGCUUCCAGUUCCAGCAAGAAAAACCCGACACCAGUCGCUGCCAAGUCAUCGUCAACGGCAAAACAGGUGAAAACCACGGACUCUGAAACUGGGCAAACGGCCCCGACCACUACAACCGUAUCGGCCGCCGACUCUCUCGCACAGGCUCUCGGCUUUGCACCACCUCCCAGCACCACUGAAAAUGAAAGGACCACUGGGGAAGGUGGCAAUGCUACCGACCCGUUCGCCGAAGCGUUCGGUUUCGACACGACUCCAGAGGACAUUGAAAACCUUAUUCAACUGAUGGCACCGGACUCUGACCCCCAGCUAGAAGGGGGUGUGGCUGACAACGGGUACAUGACCAGUAACCCCUUGCACACUGAGACGUACGAUGACUUUGGUAACUUCUAGGUUUACUCUACACCAAUCUCAGGCUAUAGUAUACCCAAUAAUUACGAGGGUUCAGACCACUUAUACAUGAUAAUGAAUGUGUACAAUGUUACAGUGUAUUUAUCAGGUUUUAUGCAUAUGUGA